ACCUGGUUAUUUACCCAAAGACGUGGAUUUGAGUAAACGUGUGAUGGAUAUGUGGACUAAAUUUGCCAAAACUGGAUAUGAGGACCAGGAUUGGCCUCAACUACUGAACCACGAGCUAAAUGUAGUGCCAAUUGUGAAGGGUUUGGAUCCGUUGAAUAUAUCGCUGGUAGAGAACGACCCCUUUCACGACACCUGUGAUGAUGUCAAUACUACAUCCGGCGUAGUAAGAGGACAGGUAGUUCAGGUACUAGACAAGGAUGUAGACCAGUUUUUAGGCAUACCAUAUGCUGUACCGCCACUCGGAAACCUCAGGUUUGCAAAACCACAACCCAUUCAAAAGCCAUACCCCGACAUAAUUGAUGCAACAAAGCCUAAGAAUUGGUGUAUACAACCAAUAAAUAUACCUGGAUUAAAUGCAAGUGAAGACUGUUUGGUACUAAACAUAUGGUCACCCAGUAGUGCGUCCAAUGAGUUAAAACCGGUUAUGUUUUGGAUACAUGGAGGGGCUCUCGUGUUGGGAUCAAUAUUUCAGGACAUUUAUGAUGGAAGUGUACUGGCUACUCGCGAUUUAGUGAUAGUGUCCACCAAUUAUAGAUUGGGUCAAUUUGGGUACUUAUACGGGGAUCGGGAGGACGCACCCGGAAAUGUGGGCUUUUAUGACCAGUUAUUGGCCCUUAAAUGGGUCAAAGAAAACAUUCAUCAAUUCGGUGGAGACAGCGAUCAGAUCACUAUAUUUGGUGAGAGCGCCGGCAGUUGGUCCGUAUCGGCGCACAUACUGUCGCCCCUAUCAAAAGGGUUGUAUAAGAGGGCUAUUAUGCAAAGUGGGGCCCAUUUGUAUAACAAGGACAAUGAUGUUGUCAGUAAAGCCGAGGCCCUCUCCCGAGCCAAACAAAUAGCAAAACAACUGAAUUGUAGUGAAACUGAGGAUUGGUUGCAGUGUUUGCGAAAAGUGGACGCAAACGAGUUGUCAAAGUAUUCCCGAAACCCGACUUAUCCAGUGUUGGGCACUGAGUUUCUGCCCAUUUCUGCACAAAAAGCAUUUGAGACAAAAAAGUUUAAUUCAGAUAUCGAUCUCAUGGCGGGUAUCAAUCGGGACGAGGGCUCGAUGUUUAUCAAUGGAUUCAUUAAAGACAUAAAUAAUAUGACACUUCAGGACUUCACGACAGGUGUUAAAGGAUUGGACGCCGUAUAUCACGGAAUUGAUACCCAAAAAGUGUCCGAUUAUUAUCUUAAAAAUGUGAACACAAGUAAACCCCUAUACCUGAGAUUUGCAUUUUCCGAUCUCGUGGGUGAUUUGGCCCUCAAAUGUCCGACCUAUUCAUUUGCCAAACAAUUUGCAAUCGCUGUUAAGGAUAUGCAUAGAGUUUACUUUUAUGAACUUUUCUAC